AUGGAUUCUUGGCCUACGAGUACUAAGGCGCGCACCGCGGAUCAAAAGAGAAAGGGCAAACAAAAAAGGACCACUAAAGGCUUUCCACUGCACUUCGAAGCAGGUGCGGUGACUGCUGCUACUCUCCAACAAAACGACGGCCGUUUGGUAUGGGCAUCUGUUUCAAAGAAUAUUAAGGGUACCGUAGGUCGUAAACUCGUACCCAGGGGUAAUGGCGUAAACGCAUUCCCCGUAACCCGUUCGCCGUUGUUGCCUAAAUCGCCCAUAACUAAGUAUCAGUUAUACGAACAAGGCGUCCAUUUCCUCAGAACAUGCCAUCCCGACGUAGACAUACCAUCAGACCUCAUCAGGGACGAAAUUGUCGCGGACACACAAGAAUCAGCCCGUCUCGAAAUCUUCGACCCUUUUCUUGGUAACAACAUUGAUUCCGCUCAUUGGGCUUUUGGCCCCGAGAAGUCCUCCUUUCUGGCAUUCCCGAUGGGCGAAACGACAUCCGAACUGAAUAUAUCACCCAUCCGCUUCCCAAAGGAAGGCAACGUUGUAUUUAGGCCCUUUGCGUAUCCGAUCGAGUCGUUUACAACGCCAAUUCGCCAAAUAGUCUCCUCGCCCUCAGAGGAUCUCCGAAGUAAGUCGCUCUCAAGUCCCACGGUUCUCUGCUCAUCUCUUUGA